AAUGAAUCAGAGCGAGAGGAACUUUAUGACAGAAGAAAACCCUCCUGUCUUCAAAAUACCAACCCCAAGGAGAAAGAGUGCUUUCAGCCGUAUUGAGACCUCUGGCUCUAACCCUACCCACCACUCCCAAACUCCAAAGAGAAAGGCCAUUUUCCACAGACAGAGAGUCAGACUCUUAACCCUCAUCGCCAAGCUAGUUGAAGACCCUAAGAGCCUCUCAAAAGGGGACAAAGUCCUACUAAUGAACCACCCAAUUAUUAAGGACCUGGUCAAGUACUCCAAGGUGAGCAAUUGUGGCUCAGGCAAUUUCUAUGUUCCUGUUGAAAGUUUGGUCGAGGCUGUUUUUCAAGAUGUGGAUACUAGGUACACUGGACAAUCGCAAUCUGGGGUCGAGGUGCUGUUUGAGAAGACUGACGAGCAGGACAGUUUGAAAAAUUAUAAUGCUCAAGGAGAUCAAUUAAUUGCUGUGAAGAAGGAUUUCUUUAAUUUGAAAUCGGGUAAUGCCUCAAGAUCUUCCAGCUCACCGGGAGAGAAGGUAGGCUUGUAUACUAAAGCUGAGAGGAGAGCAAAAAUUCUGAAAUACCGUCAAAAAAUCCAGAGAUGGCUGAAAAGAAAGAAGUCACUCUCAUUCUGAGAUGAAAAUACUAUGAUCAAUAAGAGAAGUUCAAAAGAGGCGAGCUGUCUCAGGCCUGGCUCGGAAAUUAAUUCUCCUACCAGCGGGGUGCUUUUAUCUCAGAAUGAGGGUGUUCAAAGCCAGUCUUGAGGUCAUAAAUUUUCUGCUAACUUUGAAUGUCUACCACCAAACGCAAAUUUGAAUGAAAUUGUUGCCCAAAUCUCGGGAUUCCAAUAAC